UGAUAGUGAGGGUAAUCUCCGAGGUUCAUGAAAGCAGCCUUAUUCUUCCACAUUGUGAUAAAUGGCCUUCAAUGUAUUCCAACGGGCGCCCCUCCUGGCCAAUCAGGGUGUGUGCAGCAGCUUCGACACCACCCCCCAGCGGCCGCACAGGCGCACUGAGCUCCCAACUGCCAUUUUGUGGCAGAGGCUACUCUGCUAAAGCGGGAGAGGGAUUAAAACAAACUGCGAAGAAGACUGCAUUUCUUACCAGCCCACCAAACUUUGUAGCAGACACUCUGUGCUUUCGGUCGAGUUAAACAGGAGGAGAAACACACUAAAAAGAGUUUCUACCCAGCAUGGACAGAGGGCCAACAGAGGGUGUAGGGGUGGUGGAGGUCCCUGCCAAAGACUUCCCCUCCAUCCAGGCUGUUCACAGCCAGGAUGCCAUGGUUGCUGACCUCCUCCAGCAAGCUGCAGAGGCCGGGGGCGUGGUAGAGGGACAAGCUGGAGUCGUCCUUGAACAAGGUCAUGGAGAAGGAAUGGUAUCAGCCACUCAGGCCCAGCAGCAGCUGAUGGGAGCUGGGGUCGGGGUUGGUGUAGAAGGCGGAGCAGGGGUUGAAAUGAUGGUUAUGGACUCACUGGAUCCCACCCUGUUGCAGAUGAAGACUGAGGUGAUAGAUGCUGCAGUGGGGGGAUCAUCAGCAGCAGUGGGUGUUGUUGGAGGGGUCGCUGGUGCUGCUCACCAAGCAACUGUAACAACAGUGGACCAGACCCAAAUUAUCACACUACAGGUGGUAAACAUGGAGGAGCAGGCAGCCCUGGGCCUCGGGGAGCUCCAGCUGGUCCAGGUGCCUGUUUCUGCCACCACCGUGGAGGCUCUGCAACAAGGCACUUUUGUAGACACCACUGCAAUGCCAAAGGAUGGAGACCCAGUCAUCUGCCACACCCUGCCGUUGCCCGAAGGCUUUCAGGUAGUCAAGGUUGGUGCUAAUGGGGAGGUGGAGACAGUGGAACAGGAAGAGGAGGGAGGAGAGGCCCACCAAGAGGAAGAAGAUGAGGAGGUGGGGAACCAGCUGCUGGAAGAAGGGGAGGAUGAGCCCAUUCAGCCUCCGAAUGAUGACCCAAACUGGGCUAAAGACCCAGACUAUCAGCCUCCAUCCGGAGCAGUCAAGAAGACCAAAAAGGGUAAAAAGAGUCGUCUGCGUUAUGCUGAUGGAGAUAAGGACAUGGACGUCAGUGUGUAUGACUUUGAAGAAGAACAGCAGGAGGGCCUUCUGUCUGAAGUCAAUGCUGAGAAAGUGGUGGGCAAUAUGAAACCACCCAAACCCACAAAGAUCAAGAAGAAAGGAGUGAAGAAGACGUUUCAGUGUGAACUGUGCAGCUACACCUGCCCACGACGCUCCAACCUGGACAGACACAUGAAGAGCCACACUGACGAGAGACCUCACAAGUGUCACCUGUGUGGAAGAGCCUUUAGGACGGUCACCUUGCUAAGAAACCAUCUCAACACACACACCGGAACUCGUCCACACAAGUGCACAGACUGUGAUAUGGCUUUUGUGACUAGCGGGGAGCUGGUUCGUCAUCGUCGCUACAAACACACACAUGAAAAACCCUUUAAAUGCUCGAUGUGCGACUAUGCCAGUGUGGAGGUGAGUAAACUAAAGCGUCACAUUCGUUCCCACACCGGUGAGCGUCCAUUCCAGUGCAGUCUCUGCAGCUACGCCAGCAGAGACACGUACAAGCUGAAGAGACACAUGAGGACACACUCAGGAGAGAAACCUUAUGAGUGCUACAUCUGCCAUGCCCGGUUUACCCAGAGUGGAACCAUGAAGAUGCACAUCCUGCAGAAACACACAGAGAAUGUGGCCAAAUUCCACUGUCCACACUGUGACACUGUUAUUGCACGCAAGAGUGACUUGGGUGUCCAUCUUCGUAAGCAGCACUCAUUUAUUGAGACUGGAAAGAAGUGUCGUUACUGCGACGCUGUUUUCCACGAGCGCUACGCUCUGAUCCAGCAUCAGAAGUCCCAUAAGAAUGAGAAAAGGUUCAAAUGUGACAUGUGCGACUACUGCUGCCGCCAGGAGCGCCACAUGGUGAUGCACCGUCGAACCCACACCGGAGAGAAACCAUAUGCCUGCAGCCAGUGUGAGAAGACCUUCAGACAGAAGCAGCUGCUGGACAUGCACUUCAAACGCUAUCACGACCCCAACUUUGUGCCCACCGCCUUCGUCUGCCCCAAGUGUAGCAAGACCUUCACUCGCAGGAACACUAUGGCACGCCAUGCUGAGAACUGCAGUGGUGAGGUGGAGGAUGCCGAGAAUGGAGCUCCAACCCCAAAGAGAGGGAGAAGAGGAAGGAAGAGGAAGAUGAGGAGCAGGAGAGAUGAGGAUGACAGCGAGGAGGAUCAUGUUGAACCUGACGAGGAGGAGGAGGGUGAGGGUGAGGGUGAGGAAGAAUCAUCACUGCUACAGGAAGAGGAGGAACCAGAAGGUAUGGAACUGGACCAGGCCCCUGCUGCCAUUCCUGUACCGGCCCCCGACGAGCCACCAGUCAAGAGGAAACGAGGCAGACCCCCGAAGAAUGCCCCUAAGCCUCCCGCAGCCAGCAAGCCAGUCAGGGUGGCUGCCAAGACAACAGCUUCUGCUGCUGCCAUCAUUCAGGUGGAGGAUGAGAGCACCGGAGCAGUGGAGAACAUCAUAGUGAAGAAAGAGGAGGGCGACGCCUCUGCAGCGACACCUCUGGAGCAGGGAGUGGCCCUGACAGUGGAAGGGGUGGGGCUAGAUGGGGACGGGGUGGAGACUGUUGAGCUGGCUGUGAAUGAGGAAACGGCAGCCGCUGCUGCUAAUGGAGACCUGACACCAGAGAUGAUCCUCAGCAUGAUGGACCGGUGAACACAUCACAGACGCACACACGCAGCCGGACUCUGUCGAAAAUUGGCGAAUACAAAUUAACGUUUCUGCAUCCUCAGCCUUCACCUCAUGUUCCAUCUGUGUGUGCGCUUAAGUGGCAGCCAUUUUGCCUUCAUUGGAGUGGCUGCAAAAAUGGUGACAGCAAAAACAACCAUGCACAAAGUAAGGAAGCCACAUGUAAAUACUUACACAGCAACUUCACAUCUACGUAUGUCAACCUGCAGACUGACGUUUGUGGGUCUCAUACACAAAAUCCCCCUGCACAUACCUGUGUCCUCUCCUACAUCAUAUAAGGAUAUUGUCCAAACUAAUGACUGACUGCUCUCUGCUCUUAAAUGCUUUUUUCAGUCUGAAUGUCUUCUGAAUGAAUCAUUGUGUAUUUUGCUACUUGUGUCUACCCAAAGCCACAUCCUGUGUCAGUCCUCACCCACACCUUCUGCAGUUAAUUUCUCUAUGUUGCUCUGCCACAAGGGGUCAUUAUUUCAUCCACCUUCUCUUUUUACUUUGUUUUUCUGUCCUGCUUGAGGUUCCUGCAGCUUUGCUGAUUUAGCAGAUUCCAAGCCUUUAUUUGUGUACGUAUAGAUCUAAAUGUAGUUUUUUCCUAAUGAAAAUGUAGUGUAUGGUACUUCAGUUUGCCUCUGAGAUAUCACCUGCUCUGUCAUGAUCUGUAUAUUUUUCUUCCUUGGCCUGUGUAAACACAUGGUCUGUUAUGUUAUCAGUCAGCUGUUUGUACAUUGACAGAAGGAUUCUUUAUAAAUGAGCUAAUGAGGCAGGUGUAUUCAAAUGAACAUAAGUCAGUGAUAACUGUUUCUCAGCUUCCUAGUUCAUCAUCCGCACUGCCAGCACCCAACCCUGUUCUUAUGGAGACUUGCCCUCAGUCAGCUCAUGUACAUUAAAUACUUGAGGUAGUUUCCCAGAACCAACAGAGUUUGAGAUGAAGCUAUUUUUCGACUGUUUUCUAUUUUCUGUGACCUGUCACUGACAAAAGAUACUUCUCAUUCGUAGCUAGUGUUCCUCCUGUUUGAAAGAGAGCAUAGAUAGUUUGCCAUCAGAUAAACUGAAUGAUCCCUGCUGGAUGGAGAAGAUGCAGAUGAUCCUGAUUGUUACAUAUUGAUCAUUGAACAUUCCAGAUACUUGAGUUAAUGUGGAAUUAUGCCUGUGCGUUAGAAUCAUCUCAUCUGAAGAACUCGGCAGUAACAAACUCUGUAUUCACACCCCAGUUCACACUGUGUUUGGAACAGUUAUCAAAGAGUUUGUCAAUCACUCCCCCUCCCUCCCCCACAAUAAUCAAUGAUCACCAACUGUGGCAGGUGAUUUGCAUGUAAAUACAUGUUUUAAACCCUUUUGCUCUUUGAUUUCUGGUGAACCUUUUUAAUGUUUUUAAAUAGCUGGUUUGGAGAUGUUUUGGUUAAGAAGGACAUCAUGGUUUCACUUGUGGUCAACAUGUCAGUACUGUGCCUGGUACUUGACGUCUUCAGCCUGUAAAGGUGCUUUUCCUUCCACAGACGAACCCAUCUUAACCAACCGUGCUGACUUGAACUAAUCUGAAUCACUAUGGUUUUCUGUCUGUAUUCUGUUGCUCAUAGCCAUUUUCUAUCUGCUUUGAUACUGUUUUUAGUUUUCAUUUCUAGCCAUUCUUUCGUAGUGGUCACUGGGUUUCCCUGCAGGCUGGUUGGUUCAGUUCAGUCCUAUGACAGAAGCUUUGUCUGACUCUGUUCUCCUUUAACCUUUGGCCCAAAGGCAUGAGGCUUUCAUCCAUGAAGGAUCGAGAGGUUUUUGAGUGUCUGCUGAAAGACAAAACUGUUUCACUGAAUGAAGUUCAGCUAGUAAAUUGUAAUUAAUGACAACAAAACAGCCUUCAUGGUCUUUUUGACAGGUUUUAAAACUGUUUUUAGAAGGAUGACAGUUUGUGGAAGCUGUGUAUUUUUGCUGUAAUAUGAUUAACUAUGUAAUCAAGAGGGCUAAUCCACACUGUUCUCAGCCUUGGACUAAGGCCCUGUUAGCCCAAGUUUUGCAGUUCCACUAGUAUUUCAGUCACUGUCCAUUUGCUACUGAUUCUAAGGUAUGUCCUAACCUCAGCAGAGGCCAAUCACUCCUGAUCAGAGCUGUCCCUGAUAUUUUUUUUUUUUUUAUAAAAAGCAGAACUAAAAUCACUCACAGGAAUUUUCACAGUCCGGAUCUCAACAAACGUGAAUAUGUUCAUCCUCAGACUCGGACUAAAAAGUCGGAAGUUUGACCACAAGUUAUGAUGGUCGUUAUGUGGCCUUCAUUUUCUUUCACCUGUUUUUGUUAGAUAUAACAUCUCCUCUGUAACAUGACACUGGUUAGAUGCCUAACAUUAAAUGUAAAAAUGAGGAUCUAAAGAACCAUGGUCACAAGAUAUCUGAGGGAAUCAAUGUUCAUGCAUCAAACUGACACUGUAUGUUCUGUGACUGUACUGCUGUGGUCUGUUAUCUGUCAAUCAUGUUAUUCUGCAGACGGACAGAUGAUGCUUCGCUGUUCUCAUAGCAACAGUAUUGUUUGUUCUUUGCACAUUGCUUGUUUGUUUUGGCAGAAUUGAGAGAAGAGUUGUCAGAUUUAAACACGUCCCUGUUUGAAGACCCAGAAGAAACCUUUGUCAUGUCAUUUUGAAGCUGAGACACUGUACAGCUGAUGAAAAAUAAAAUCAUCCUAAUGGGCCUAUGA